CCCUCAUUAGAAACUUUACCAAUAUAUAGUCUAUAUAUAUACAUAAUCACAUUAAUAACAUAAACCUAUGCAGCUGCCGCCUUUGUAUUUUACUUCUAUCUUUGAUCUCUCUUUCUCUUUCUCUUUCUCUAGUAUCUAAGAAAUGAGUCCUGUUUACUUGAACCCACAAUCUUCUUCACCUAUACCUUUCUUUGAGUUGAAGGGAGAUCAACAACAUAGUUUCUUUGCUCACUUACAUGAUGAUUUUGCCUCUACUAAUAAUAAUUCCUCUUUUUCAUUUAAUUCCCACAACCACCACAACUCUGAAGAAAUCUUAUCCUUAGGUUAUUCAAGACAUGAACAACAAAAGGUUGAGAAGCUAGUUUUAUCUCAUGAGAAAGCAAGUGAUCUUGGGUCAUGGCUUCAAAGUAAUGCUAAUGGAGAUGAUGGUGGAAGUGGUUACAAUUAUUCAUUCAAUCUUGAAGAAGAGCAGAAAAUUGAAAGUGUAAACUAUAAUGAUCAGAUGUACUCUAGAAAAUGGAAGCCCUCAAAAGUAAGAAUAAUGCAAAAAAUGAUGACAACUUCUAAGAGAUCAGUAGACAACAAGCAGCUUGAUCAUGAUCUUGCCAAGCGCCAAAACAGUGAUGUUAUAAGAGUAUGCUCGGAUUGUCAUACAACUACAACCCCACUUUGGAGGAGUGGACCUCAAGGCCCUAAGUCUCUUUGCAACGCAUGUGGUAUAAGACAAAGGAAAGCUAGAAGGGCAGCUAUGGCAGCUGCAGCAACAGCAGGAUAUAAUGGUGGAAAUGAUGCCAUUGUUACAUCGAUAUCUCGGGUCGAAGCUCCAAAGCCUAAGGUUCAAGAGAUGAAGUCCGAAAGAGGAUUAGAUCAUCAUCAAAAAAGCAACACAUUACCACUUAAGAAAAGAAGCAAAAUAAUUGAUGCUGCUAGAACUAAUAAUUAUAGUACUCAUCACAAUAAUGCAAAGAAGCUUUGCUUUGAGGAUUUUGCAUUAAGCUCAAACAAGGAUUAUCUUAAUAAAAGAUCCUUCCCACGAGACGAAGAAGAAGGAGCCAUACUUUUAAUGGCACUUUCUUGUGGCUUAGCUUGUUCUUCAUAGUUUGAGUUUGAAGGAUUAUUUAGUGUUAUUUUUUAAAUAUUUUUGAGUGUUUUGAAUUUGCAUUGUUUUGGUUCAUUUGGUGAAGAAAAGAAGAAAGAGUGAGAAGAAAAAGGUGGAUAAUCUACCUUAAGCUUAGGCAUAGGAAUAUUGCGAGCAUGGGUUUUGUACUUGCUAGCUAGCUAUGAGAGAAUAGAGAUAAAGUUUAUUUUAGUAGUAUAAGAAUGUUAUGCAGAAUAAUAAGAUUAAUAGGAAUGAAACUCGUUAUACUAAUAUAGCAUUAUUUCUCAUUUCAUUAAA